AUGGGCAUCUCGGGAUUGCUGCCGCUGCUCAAAUCAAUUACGAGGACGAAGCACUUGUCGGAGUACUCUGGCCAAACCGUUGCAGUGGACGGCUAUGUGUGGUUGCACAGAGGGACGUACGCUUGCGCCGUCGAACUCGCGAACGACAAACCUACGCACAAGUAUGUCGACUACGCCAUGGGUCGCGUUCGACUUUUGCGCCACUAUGGCAUCACUCCGUACCUCGUCUUUGACGGUGGCCCUUUGCCUGCAAAAAAGAGGACGGAGGUUGAACGCGCUAAGCGACGAGAGGAAAACCUAGCGAAAGGGAAGCAACUCGCAGCUCAGGGAAGGCACAGCCAAGCGCGAGAAUACUUCGUCAAGUGCAUAGACGUAACGCCCCAGAUGGCCUACCAGCUCAUCAAGGCACUGAAAGCAGAGAACGUUCCCUACGUCGUCGCGCCUUACGAAGCCGACGCGCAGCUCGCCUACCUCGAACGCACCGGCGCCGUCUCCGCCAUCCUCACCGAAGACUCGGACCUGCUCGUCUUCGGCUGCCGCCACGUCCUCUUCAAGCUCGACCACGUCUCCGCGACCGUCUCCGCCGUCUCCCGCUCCGACUUUGGCUCGCUUUCCUCCUCCGACAUCACCCUCCUCGGCUGGUCCGACGUCCAAUUCCGCGCGAUGGCCAUCCUGAGCGGGUGCGACUACCUGCCCUCCAUCCCGGGCGUCGGGCUGAAGACCGCCUGGGCGCUGUUGCGCAAGCACAAGAACGUCGAGAACGCCGUGCGUGCGCUGAGGCUCGAGGGCAAGAAGCCCGUGCCGGACGGUUACCUCGACGCUUUCCGGCUCGCAGAGAAGGUCUUCCUCCACCAGCGCGUGUACGACCCCGCCCAAGCGCGCCUCGUCCACCUGAACGACGUCUCGCCCGGCGAGCCCUGGGACGCGCGCAGCGAGGCCUACGUCGGCGCGUAA